AAACACAAUCUGUUCUUCUUCAUAUCACUUUCUUUUGACUUCUUCGUGUAGCAAUCUCACAACACAUUACACCCCACCACCUCAUUUGGAGUACUCAUAACGUGUACCCAAGUAUAAAUUGAGUCCCCUCUUCCUAAACCACCCAUCAAGCCAUCGCCUUUGAGAGCAGAGAGCAGAGAGCAGCUGCUUCUCCAAUGGCUACCACUAAUUUCCUCUGUUUACUUGUUGUGUUCUUGGGAGUUUCUAACCUUCUCUGUUCCAAUGCUGUCCCAACUUCAAGAAGUGUCAGCCUCCUGCAUGGAUCUGAUCAAUUUCUUCACGUUUCAAGCGAUACCCACAUGGUGAGUGCAACAAAGAAAGAAGAGAACCAUGGAAGAAUGGCUGUGGAACUCAAUGACUAUCCUGGAUCUGGAGCCAACAAUCGUCACACGCCAAGGCCACAAUUUAGAGGCUGUGCUGAUUGCUGAUUGUUGAUUGUUGAUUGGUUUUUACUUAUGUAUGUAUCUAUCUAUCAUAUAUGUAUAUGAAUAUGAAAGGUUGUGGAAGGAGAGUUUGAGCUUCUUCAUCACUCUAUUAAGUUGUUGAAAAGGCUUAGGAAAGAAGAGGGUAAAGAGAUUUAUAAGAUUAGGUGAAAAAUGAGUACCAAAUAUAUGUGUUCUUCUUAGCUUAUUUACAAUAUUUUGAUCAAACUUGCUAUCUAUCUUCCAACUGAUGUUUAAAUGAAUGGCCACUUUGAUGAGUUUA